AUGUUUCCUUUUUUUAGAUUCUUCACAUAUUGGAUUGUUCUACAGUUAUCAUACCCUGUAGUUUCUGAAAAUCCAAGCAUUUGCCAAGUGGUACAAGGUGUUCCAGGUCUUAAUGGCAGAGAUGGAAGGGAUGGGGAGAAAGGGUUGAAAGGUGACCCAGGUAAGGGGAUUUAGUAAAAGAUGUUAAGGAAAAUGUUACUUUUUGCAUUUCAACUUUCACACAGUAAUUAAAUGAGAUAAUAUUUCUGUCUGAAAUGAUCAUGGGUUUAUUGUAAUAUUUGGCUGAAUUUAUAAUUAGGUAUAUCCAACUAUUUUAUGUGUAAUGUUGGGAGAGAUGAAAAGUGAUUGUGUGUAUCUCAUGAUUAUAGAGAAUUAUCAAUAUUGUUAUUAUUUAUAUUUUGCAAACAUUCUAUUUGUUGUUCUGUAAUACGAAUACAAAACACAUUUUGACAAUGGAUUUCUCAUAUUUACUUUCAUUAGUUAUCCUCACAAGUGGGGUUAACACUCUACUAUUCUGAUGCUUUUAUCUUACAUAUGUUGUUUAUCCAUACAUAUUUUUAGCAUAUAUAUUUAUUUAGCUUAAUGUUUCAUGUGUUAUAAACCUGGGUAUUCGUCCUUUAAACACCCAUGUAAUAGGCUGAAUUUAUAGUCAGAUUGUAGCCAACAAUUCUGCAUUUUUUUAAUUUAUGCUUUUAUCUCCCAGGGUGACACUUUCUUGCUUUUUUGUGGGGUCUGUGCUUUGGUACAUGGGAUUCUUGGUAAUAAUUGGGAUUUAUGCCUAAUUCUAUUUGCUUUUAUUAGAUUUCACUGGCAGUCAACAACAGCCAGUGAACAGAAACAUCCUUCCAGUAUAGAAGGAAUACACAUCUUAAGACAGAUAGAGCUAUAUAUAAUGAUGUGUGAGAUAAUUGCAUAGUUAAAACAAAAUAGUUUUGGUAGCACGAGUGAACAGAGGAUGAACAUUUUCCCGUGACUGGUACGCAUUUAUUAUCUCACUGCUAAAUACUGGCCAAAUAGUGCAAACCACCAUGUUAUUUUUAUAUUCUAACAUUUGAGCAUCUUGUUAAUUUUUAAUAGCUUUUUUAAAUCUUAGAAUGGUAACUCUAAAGUAGCAGUUCAGUUUCUGAAAUCUUGAAUUUUUUUCCCCAACAAUUCAAACCUAAGCUCAAGGGAUUACUAACACAGAGUAAUCUAAAAACAUGUGCAUUUAAACAUGUAUAUGGCUGCACCAACUCAGCCAUACAUUAUCUAAACAUGUCCAGCUUGCAUAGAUAAGAAAUUUAAUUUUUUUUUUUUUAUAUAUAUAUAUGAUAAUUGGAUGCUGCUGAAUAGUCAAACAUUUUAAGAUCAAAGCCAUUAUUAUCAAGGGUAAACGCUAGAUCGGAGUCAUUUGGCCAUCAAUAUGUUUAAGUUAUUAACUAUAUCUGUGUACCCCAGUUCUUGGUUUGUUUGUUGCUUCAACCUAGACUCUGAACCUUCAGCAUAGUUAUAAAAUGUGUUCUACUUAGAGGUCAUUCUUGUAUUAUUAUUAUUAUUAUUAUUAUUAUUAUCUACUGCUGAUUAUCUGUGGAAUUAUAAUUUCAAGGAAUUCUGGGGAUCUGGCAACCAUGGGGAAAUGGAGUUUGUCUCUCUACCAUUAAAGAGAACAUAUAGGAUUUCCCCUGCUUCUAUGAUUUUAAGAGGGGCUUGUGGUGGACAAGUGAAUAUCGUGUACAUAGGAUAUUUAUUACUCUUGUAAUCACUUUUAUCCAUAAGAAAAGGAUCCACAUAUGUAUAUUUUGAAUAGGAUGGAGGAAGCUAUGUUUGAGUAUGUGGUAGUCAUAUAGCUUCAUGGAAUCUUACUAAUGAAUGCAGAAGUAAUUAAUAUAGGGAAGGGACCAAAAACUAUAUAAAGAGAAAAAGUGGUAAUGGCGCCUGAAUUCUCCAGAAUCGGUACGCAUGCCAUAUUUUGGCUAAACUCAAUUUUUUUACUGGACGAAAGAAAUCAUUUAAUUAUUUGUUUAACUGGAUAAUGUUAUUUAGGUCUACCGGGACAAACAGGAGCUCAAGGAUUAAGAGGGCCAAUUGGUCCUCCAGGCAAAGUAGGACCUCAAGGUCAGAAAGGAAAUCAAGGUGACAAAGGAAUUAAUGGCAUACAAGGUAAGAAAUGUUUAUACUAUAUUGAAUGGUAAAAAAUAUGUAAACUGUUUUAUUCAGUUUCUUGUAAAAGACCAAAUUGAAGUAGUGCAUAUGUAAUAGAUGUUCAGACAUAUACAAGGCACAUUUUCUUCUAAAAUAUUGAGGACUUGUUCAGUAAAUAUCUACUUGUAUUAAAUUAUUGAGUUUUCAAUUUGCACAAUAUCUAAUGAAAUUAAAUGUAACUAAUCAACAUACAUCAAUGCACUAACGUCACAGACUUUUGUAAAAGGGAUAGUUCCAUUAAGUCCUCUUUUGAUCUAAAAAAAAUGAAAUACAAGUUUGAAUUUAAAAAAAAUAUACAUGUCACAAACACACGCACACGCACUUUAGGUUUAAUGGAGAGAGAACUGGGCACACACUUGAUAUGUGACCCAGUGGUCAAGUGAUAAGCUAGUAAAUAUUAUAUAGUUUUGGAAACAUGGACAUUCAAAACCUUUGGUUAAAAACCUCAAUCUCGGUGGUGUGGGUGGGAUCAUAGGUUCUCACAUUUGUUAUAAUAGUUCUUUCCCUCCCAAUGACAUGGUGAACUCCCUUUAUGGUUGCAAAAUUUAGACCACUUAUUCCAACCACAUUUACUUUACCAUAGACCUUCGUCUUUCCUUCAUCUAGGAAACUGUGAAAUAAAUUAUACAUUUUUUUAUAUUAUUGUUUUUUGCGGGUGAGUCACACAGUAUGAGAAGACACUAUCCAUACAAAUUAAGCGCACAUGAAUGCUAAGAAUAAUAAAUUUCUACAGCAUUAUUUCUAGGCAGCAACUUUUGAAGAUUACUCGGACAGCUCAGUAAAAAAGACAAAAAUGUUAUCAAUAUCCCAAAUAUGACAUAGGAACAGAGAAGCCCAAGGCUUGCAAAAAUUGAUCUGCUUCUGACACUGAUAUUAAUUUGUGACUGCUUCCGCCACUAUCAACCAACAGUGCCUAUGGCUUUCCCCACUUGUAGAGAAUCUUACAACUGUUUAGUCACCAUCUUCAGUGAUGCACAACAUUGCAGCAUAGAGGGACAGAGGUUGUGGCCUUCAGUAGCAUUUAGAAAGGUUUCCUUAAUUGCUAAGUGUUGUAAAACACAUUAGACCAUCUUGGGGAACUAAUGUUUGGCAGUUAGAAGGUCUGAAAAGAUAUUACAGUCCAAAAACUGUGAGUGUGGUUGAAACAAGUAAUGACAGAAGCAGGGUAUUAUUGUGCAGCAGCAGGAGAGAGAAACCUGAUCCUCCGGCAUGCUCUACAUGAUCACAUUGAUCAACCGUCCUCUCUUCUGUCCUGUCAGGAUGUUGCAAGGUGAAGAGAUCUUUCAGCUGAACAUGUGUAAAUCUGUAGAGUGAGGGAAUGUCCCAUUCAAAGCUAAAGCUUUUCAAUGUAACAGUUGUUUCAUAGUAAUGCAAGUCCCUUUUCCUGUAGUUGAGCAGUAGUGGGUUUUUGUUUAAAUCUUCUUCGGUGGCCUGGAUCCAUCCAGUAAAUUUGCUCAUGUCCUCUUUAGGAACAGCCAUUUCCACAGCAAAGAAGGUCUUAAUAUAGAAUAUUAAGACAUCAAUCGUGGAGACCUAAUUAGAUUUGGUUUCCUUUCUGGCAGAGAUUUGGCUGCUCCUGGGUUUAGAUAGCACCUCCUAUAUCCAGUUCUUCAUCAUCAAAGGCCAACAUAAAGUGGAUACAGUCAUCAUGUCCACCAUUUUAAGUAGGAGGAUGAUAUAUUGGGUAUUCAGCUAGCAGGAAGUGAGGACUUACUGGAAAGUUUCCCCAAACGGCUCCCUAACAUGAAACAACUUUCUUGUUUCUUAGAACACCAAAACACUAACAAAUCUGAGUAAGCACCUGGAGCUCUCAAACAAUGCAUUCCCUCAAAGUGCAGGUGAACUUCACCCCUGGGUUUUUGUUUUGUUUGGCUUUAAUUAAAAUCAUGGAACUUCACAUUAGUUUAACAGAGAACAGCCUUAAGCUAGGAGAAUAUAUUUGGAUCACACAGGAAUCAAUUUUACACCCAAUGUGUAACCACAAAAGGGAGUGUAAGCGAAAUACAAAAGUCAGAUAUAGCAAGUGGGGAUUAAUGCAAUGUCCUCACCAUCUGAAAGCCUAAGGAAAUCCUGUGUCAAAUGUCUAGCCUUUGCAUGGGCAGUAUGUUUCGUGUGUGAAAGGUUACGGUGAGUUGCGAGAGAUCAAAAGCCAGGAGUAAUUUGUGGGAGUGGUAAAGAAGAAGAGGGGGAAAAAAAGGGGAAGGGGAGAGAAGGUGUUCCCAACCGCCCUCUCCCCAGCGCCAAGCCCCAAGAGCAUUCAGCAUUUCAAAAUAAGGAACACCUGCUUGGUUCCAGCUCAACUCCAGAUCAUAUAAUCCCUCCAAUGUGCCCAAGUCUGGGCACAUUUCUCUGCACUUUGCGACAUUCAAAAGAUGUCUAGUUACUGAUUUUAUACACGGAAAAGGUCAUUUGGCAUGAUGGAGCAGCAUAAAUAAUGGCAGGAAGAGCAGGUCUGAGUCUAGGAUUGUGUGUAUUUCUGUGUGUAUGUUGUGCCAAAAUCCAUUGAGAUUUGCACAAGCCCACCACAUAUAUCAGAAUAUCAGUCCCUGCCACUGUUCUUCACCUCCAGCAUAACCCUGAGAAACUCUCAAACACCAGCUGGAUCCUUUCAGGUGUCAUGUACCAUCAUGUGAGCUGAUUAUACUUGUGUUGAGUUGGAGCUUUAAUCUGAUAGCGCUCUGGACUCGGUGAAGGGAUGAUAAGUGAAACCUUGUGUACAUACUACACUUUAACAUAGUUGCAUAAUUUUGUUUUUUAGCUUGUUGUCUCAAAAAAACAAGCAGCCUUUUUCUCUCAUCAUCUGAGGGACAUAAUGUCAUAAAUAAGAGAAAAAAAACUUUAGCUAUCAUUCCAUUAACACACAUUAAUAUUUAUAUAUAUAUAUAUUUGUUUUUAGGUAAUAUAAUUAUUGUUAGUUAUUUUUGCAAGAUAAUUUUAAAUGUAUGCCUCUGAGUGUGCAAAUUCAAAUGAUGUCUAAUAAAUGCUAUUUUCAUGUAAUUGAUUUGCAGUGAAGUUUAAUUUAAAUUCAAGGUUAUUCUCUAUAUAACAGUUCAUUGUAUUUAAUGAGUAACCAAAUUGUAUUGUUUAGUUAAUAUCUUGUAGUAUGAAACCACGCUGAAACUUAUAACAAUAACAGUCAAGUUCAUACAAUGGACAUGCACACUGUAGUUAUUGUAUAUGCACUUCAGACAAUAAACUUUUAAACAGUCCGUCAGCAUCUACCUAAAUAAUAACUUAUGAUAGAUAUCAUUAUUGGAGCUCACGGCUUUGCCUACCUGUGUGAAGGGAGAUAUUCUGUUGCAGUGACACUAUGCAAAUGCUGUUGUAAUGACCCCUUUAUGUUUUAAUCAGUCUAGCAGUGACUUAUCUUUAGAUUUAAACCCAUACUUCCCAACUUUUCAAAUAGACAAUGAAGGAGACACUUUAAUGGUAGGGGUAUGUAUGGUGGUGUCGCUAUAGGUGGGCUGUUCUGAGAAAUUUGGUAAAUAUGUAAACCUGCUUUUUUUCUUUGUCUCACAUGUUGAUUAAGAUAAAAGAUGUUCUAUUCGUUGCCAAUGUUGCCAUUUGUUUUCUCAAUAAUAAACCUAAUGUAAAUGCUGCAGGUAUAAUCUCGACAUAAUAUAGUAACAUUAUUAAAUAGUAUUUUACUAAUUUUCUUUUAUUUUACUAAUCAUGAUUUUCUUUUACUUUUUAUAUCAUACAGGCAUAAAGGGAGAAAAGGGAUCAUCUGGAGCUGCAGGGAUACAAGGUGCUAAAGGUGCUUCAGGGGUUCCUGGAAUCCCAGGGAGUGCUGGGGCCAAGGGCGAGAAAGGUGACAUAGGUAAAUAACACCAUUUUAAGCUGCAAUAUUAUGAGUAAGUAAGGAUGACUAAAUACAUACAUUCUUUAUCACAGUGCCAGUUAUCUGUAGGUCAUAUGUAAAGAUUGAUGUAAUAUGCUAAAAUUGUAAAUAUGUAAAAUGUAUCAAAUAAUAAAAUAUAUCAUAGUUUGCUAAAAGUAGAACAAUACAGCAGAUAAUGUUUCAUAGACAGACAGAUAGAUCCUGGGCACAGGAUGCACCGCUCCCAGGUGCCAGGGAAAUGAGGCAGAAGAGGUGUGCCAGUGCCUGUAAUAAUAAACCCAGCAUGCCGCUGUCUGUGCUCUUUUCCCUCCUCCUUACUGUAGCUUUGCCUACUUACAGCAGCACCUUUCCUAAGCCCAGGGUCAUGCCCAGUUUUCAUGCUGGAGACUGUGUGAAGUGAACGCAUAACACGUCAUAUCCAUACUCCUUGCUUUACACACAGCCGGGCUAUUAAUAGUGUUGAGGCUAGACUGAGCCUCUACCAGGCAAGCUCCGGGACUAUCAGAGAUCAGAAUUCCAACCACCCUGGCCAAAAGUAAACCUCGGGAAAGGGGAAAGAAAUUGCAUUUCCUUUUUGGUUUCAUUAGUAAAGCCCACUAUUCCACCUGACCCCCCAACCCUCACUACAGCCUUAAACUCCCACUACACUCUCUAACCCUCACUAUUGCUUCAAGCCCUACGCUGCACUUCCUAACACCCCUUCACAUAUCCUAACACCCCACUACUGCCUGUAAACCACCCCUACAUCUUAUAUCCCUGCUUCAGCUCCUACCCCCAUUACAGCCCAUAACUUCCAACUACUAGUACCCCUAACCCACAUUACAUAUGCUAACCCACCACUUCAGCCCCCAAACUCACAGUGCAGCCUUUAUACUACAGCUCAUAUUUCUCACUACAUAUCAUAUCCCACACUACUGCCCUUAUACCCCACUACAUUCCCUCUCUUCCAUUACAUUCCCAAUCCCCCAUUACAGCACCUAACUACUGCUACUACUAAUUUAUAUAUUCUACUUAUUAAAAGACUGUACACAGCAGGUGCAGAAGAAGAAGCUAAGGUUUAUGUAGGAAAUAAAGUUUUCCAUAUGAAGGCUAAAUAAGCAAAGUACAACUUUAUAAAUCUAGCAUCACAACACAGAAUACUGCUAUUUAUUAGGAAAAUGCAAUUUUUUCCAGUUUUUAAUAUUUUUUGUUGUUGUUUGUUUUAUAUUAUAAGGACUCAAGGGGGCAACUGGAGCUGUUGGACUGCAAGGUGCUAAAGGUGCACAAGGAGCAAGUGGGCCUCCAGGUACUUCCGGUGCCCAAGGAACCCCUGGUGCUAAGGGAGAAAAAGGUUCUCCAGGUAUACAAUUAUAUUGACUUUAAUAUACUCUAAACAAUCUACUUUUCUUUUGUUUACAAUUACAUUUAUUUAGUAGUAUGCAUGGUAGUAAUUACAUAAAAAUUGUUAAUAUUGUUAAUAUUUUCUAUGAAAAUGAUGAUGAUAAAAAAAAAAAAAAAAGAACCAUGCUAGCACUAAUCCUAUAUAAGAAUUAAGAUACAUACGUUUUCCAGAAGUGUUGGAACUCAAACUGUAAAUUGAAAUACGACAAACUAUUUUCUGCUAUUCUUUGUAUAUCAAUUUGAAAACAUGGUAGAAAAAAUAAAGGGAAGUAAACAGUCAUGUAAAUUAUUUGCCCUUUAUAUUCCACUCACUUUCUCCAGUCAUUGUUCAAUUGUUCUGUAGCCUAGUCUCAGUUUACUAGUGUGUCCUUGUGCCUAUAGAUUGUUCAGUGGUGCUAUUGGCUACCAGUAUUUUGUCUUUUUCUCUGACUACAUCUUCUCCCACUUGCCCUGACCUUUGGACUGCCUUGGAUCUGCUUCUCCGUAUUGCCCUUUUUUUGAAUUUUAUGCCAGGCUAUACCACUCCUAUGAAGCACCCAUGCAAUCACAGGCCCACCUACAAUCUGUUCGCUCCUUAAGGGUAUCUUGUGGGUUGUCAACCUGAGUUCAAGAUUGUGUAAAAAAAAACCCUGGGGGCUGUCACACAAUGGGCCAGGAUGCUCUUUCACAAGUAUGGGAUUUUCAUCAGGGAUAUAUAUUCCCUUCAUUCCCACUUACCCCAAAACUAUGUAUUGGAGGUGAUAACUGUGCUCCCCUAUUGGCCCAUACAGCCAUGUUUUCCUCUGUUGCUCCAUAUGUACCAGGAAAACACGUGUUUGCUGCCAAUCAGUAGAAACUUACUUUUGCAAGAGAUGGUCCUUCAUGAGAACCCUAAAUGUUAGUGAAUUAGAGAUAAUAACACAGGGAAGGGGGAUGGAGCUUCACCAUCAAGCAGACCGGACAUAUAGUGCUUGAGCUCCAGCUUCUUUGGCUGAUUUGAGGAUGCUAAUACUGGUCAUUGAGCUACUUUACCUGCUAAACUGAACUACCUACGUACAGGAAUCCCGAUUGUAUAUUUUGAGACCGCUACUGAGAAUCCACUGGGAGCACUAAAAACCUACUCUGAGACCUGCUGGGGAGAGGCGUCCAAUCUCCUUGCUAUAUUGUUCAUAUAAUUGCAGAAAUAUAAUAUUUGGGCAUAUAAUAUUAAUAUGUGGGGUAACAACAUCUUAAUCCAAGGGGUGAUCUGACUGCAAUUCUGAGGUGUAGAAGCAUUUUUCAUAGUUUGUUGAAAAACUGGAAAGCACUUCAAACUCAGUUUUUGCCUACCUUUGGAUCAAUAUCAAAUACUGAUGUGAGAAAGGCUGAACUUGAUGGAAGCAAAUCUUUUUCAGCCAUGUAUAACUAUGUAACCAACUAUGUAUUCCAUUUUAAUGCAACUUGAUAACAGGAUAUUGACAAUUGGAUUCUAAAGGCCAGAGGACUAUCUGAUGAAGUAAUGGAUACAAUGCUGAAGUCAGGGAAACAAUCUACUUCUUCGGUUUAUUAUAACAUUUAGAAAGUAUAUUGGGAAUUGGCAACACCUCUGGGAAAGAAUACUGAAACAUCCAACAUUCCAGACCUAUUGGAAUUUCUCAUAAAUGUUUAGAGAAAGGCUUAAGCCUUGAUUACCUGAAGGUUCAGUUGUCAGCUUUGAUCACUACAAAUUUUCAGUGGACUUUGGAUCUCGCAAUAAAAAAAUAAUAAUGGAAGUACUGAUAUGGAUCAAACCUCCAAUCACAAUUUUUUUUUCGUGCCUAGCAUAGCACUACAGUUCGCUGGACUCUAUGGACUCUACGGACUCUACAUCCUUAUGAAAUCUGAUGUUAAAAUCCUUAUGAAAUCUGAUGUUAAAACCUGUAUUUCCUAUUGCAAUCACUUUGACCCAUGGGGUAUCAGAAUGACAGGAGGACCAUUUUUACAGUUUACAGUAGAAACAGCAGUAUUUUGCCCAGAGCCAGAUUUCCUUCCAAAAGUAUCCUCCAGAUUUCAUAUCAACUACUUCUGUAAUUCAAAAAAUCUGUAGUGUGGCAGGGAAAUCAGUACCAGCAUAAUCCAUAAGAGCUGUCUCUUAAUUGUGGACAUCAGUGAUGGAGGAUUCUAUGGCUACUAUCUGCAAAGGAGCAGCAUUGUUUAUCCAGCACCUUUGUAAGACAUUAGCAACUUGAUAUCUUUUACUUCUUCUUCGUCUUUUGGCAGAAUAUUAGGCAUUAGUUCUGUCUUGUUAAAUAUAUUUUUUGCAGUGUUUGCUGUAUUUUGGGGUUCUUUUCUUCUUUUUUUGCUAGCUGAUUUGAAAUGGAUUAGCCAGCAAAAGAGAAAAUCUUUUAAAUUUUCGCCGUAAUUCAUGGGUAUUAUCAAUGUCAGCAUCAAGGAUUCCUACCCCUUGAGUGCUUGGUUAUGAGAAUGCUGUAUUAGGGGAGGAUCAUUCAUGUAUUCCUUAUGUAUACCCAAGAAAAGAACGUUUCAGUAAAUAUUUAAAGCCUUUUCUCUCUUUGCACGCAUAUUUUGUCUCAUAGACUUUUUUAAUGUAUUUUUUUUUCACAAGGGUUCUGGGAACUGAGAGCAAUAGCAGGAAUGUGGAUGGGUGACCUCAGGCAUGUAUUUUUCUGAGCCGUUGCUUCUUUUAAAUUAAGAAUCCCUGGGAUUAAUUUCCAUUGCAACACUUUAUAAGUGUACUUGUAAUUAUAUUUUUCCUUUUUUGUGAUUAAUAUUGUUAGAUGGGAAUUAAAUGAGCAAUUCUUUAAUUUAACAUAAAUAGUGACUAGUCACUUAAACCUCAGGUAACUAUUUUCCUUUACCUGAGUUGUGUUCAUACCAGUUACUUUUUAAUACACAUAUAUAUGUAUGCCAUAUAGAUGUAUGCAACAAGUAAUAUUUAAGGCAUGAAAAAUCAAGACAUGACAUGGUUAAUUCUUAAAUGCUUGUAAUGUUUCAAAUUAGUUCUUGGUCAAGCCAGUACAUUAAUGAGCAUGUUUAUGUUUCAGAUGCUUCUAUGGCAAUAAACUUAACAAAUCUGGAGAAAAAAAUUGCUGCUCUAGAGAACAAGCUGGCAUCACUCCAGAAAGGUAAAUUUGAGAUGUAUAUUUGUCUUUGUCCAUUAUGAAACCUAUCAUAUUAAACUGGAUUGCUUCACAGAGCAUAACGGACAAACACUCCAAGUGUAAAAAUCACUACAGUGUGCUUUAGUGGUUAUGACGCCAUGAGUGCCCUGGUUCUCCUCCAUUGUAAGUAUUCAAUUCUUUAGGCCAUUGGGUCUGUGGUGACAAUCAUGGGGGCAUGAAAUACAUAAUCUUAUCGACAGAAAACAAUAAAACAAUCAUACCUCUUAAUUGUCUUGUAUCGGGUGGAGGUGGUGCUGGAGGGAAACUCACAGGAUGCAUUUAUAAGAAUACACAUACCCUCUGCUAAUCUCUCGCUUUUAUCUCUCAACCAAAUCCAUACUUCCCCCCACUCCCCCUCAUCCCCCCCCCAUCCCAAAUCAGUAUUCUGUGAUGCAGGAUACCAGUUGUCAGGGUAAAAAGAGGUGCGUCAGUAAUGCAAAUAAUGUCACUGACUCUGCCCAAAGAAUUGGAAGAUCAGCAUGGUGCGAUUGCAUACCAUUCUUCCUGCCAAUCAUGCAGGCUGGCCAACUCGAGCAGACUAUACAGACAGUGCUGUUUAAGCACAAUGAGCUUGGGGUGAAUGUGUCUUAUGAUGCACUCUCUCUACGCUGACUCGGGACAGUUCCUGGUGUCCCUGAGCACUUACUUGUCCACUCCUUCACUUCUUACUAGCAGGCAGAAUCUCCUGCUAGGUAGUCUUGAACAGAAAAAAAGGUGGAUGUAGUAGAAGUGUAAAAAUAAGGGGCAUGCCACACUGUUAGAGAGACUGAAGCAUACAUAAUUCCUUCUGCACAAAGCAAGAACAUGUAAAUAGUAAUAAUAUAUAUAUGUAUCAUUGCAGAAGAGAGAAAGCUCACUGGCUCUGCCUGAGACCUUCAGCGUAAUGCUCUCAGCCAAUGAGCUACACCCUACAUUGCACAACUUAGUUCAUACAGAGAGCUUUUGGCUCUCCAUCUAGUGGAGGCGUUAUGAUGCUUGGAGCAAGAUGUAGUGGUUUUUGUGCUUGGAGUGUUCCUUUGAAAUAAUAAAUUAAAGAAUUAUUUUGGAUUAUUUUUUCAUCUCGUGUCCUUUGUGGGUGAAGACUAUAGUAUCAAGAUGAACCAGAAAAGGAUGUAGUAAGGAUAUUGACCAAGGGACAGCUCAGGGUGUCUCCUACCAACAAAAACCAUACAUUGGGGAAGGCCUAUGACUACAUCUCCUAAUCAAUAAAGAGGCCACCUAGUUGCACUAGAUAAACAGGGGAUGACCCUAGUUACUAAAAUUAGAAAAGGAAUGAAGACAAUAUCCAAGACGUUCACUCCAAAUGGAAGUCUAGGAAUAGGUACAACGUAGGUUAAAUAAGUAGCUUACAUGCCAAGAAAUAUAAUAAAAACAUGUAUUAGUCCAUAAGGCAUAGUGCUACUAUUCACAGUGAAAGGGUGCCAAAUAGGAACAGAGUAUAUGUUAGUUAUAGGGAAACACCAUAGGGUGCAGACAGGCAUUCCACUAUAGAGGGAUAUCUUGCUAUUAAGCAGAAUCAAUAAGUGGUGAUAAGGAAAGGGGAAAGUGGUCUAAAUUCCUACACAGAGAGGAGGAGAACAAAAACCCCUAGAUGUCUACUAAUAGAAGAUUAAUCAGGAUCAAAGCAAAAGGGAGGUAUCUCCAGGCUUUUGUAGCGACCACUAUUCCAUUCCCACCAUAACCACCAUACCCCACAGCCAGUAAACAAGCAUCUGUCCCUAAUACCCAGCACCGCACAAAGCUAGUGCCUACCUGAACCAAAGACCCUAUAUAUAUAUAGGUAACUACAACACAACAUAAUAAAGGUGCUACCUAACAAGUGCAAAAGAGCUAGGCAACAAUAUGUAAUGUCAAUCAGCAUUUGCUAAUGCCUGUAAGGAUGAAAAUAUAAUUUUGCCUCUUUAUAAAGCACUGGUAAGACCACACCUUGAAUAUGCUGUGCAAAUUUGGGCAUCUGUUCUAAAUAAUGAUUUUGAGGCACUAGAAAAAGUGCAGAGGUGGGCUACAAAAUUGAUAUAAGGAAUGGAACAUUUUAGUUAAGAGAGGUUAAUACAUUUGAAGUGUAGAAAAACGGUGCCUCGGAGGGAAUAUGAUAGCAUUGUACGAAUAUAUUCAGGGCUAAUACAAACCAUUGUCUGGAAAUCUAGUCAUAAAAAGGACUAUACAUAGGACACUAGGUCACACAUUUAGGCUGGAAGAAAGGAGAUUUCAUCUAAGGCAAAGAAAAGGGCUUUUUACAGUAAGAACAAGAAGGAUGUGGAAUUCUCUGCUUGAAGAGGUGGAUUUAUCAGAGUAUAUACAGAUGUUUAAACAGCAAUUGGAUAAAUACUUUUAAAUUUAGAAUUUAAUUAGUGGGGGAUAAUAGCUUCAUGAUCCAAGGAUAUAUCUAACUGCCAUUCUGGGGUCAAGAAUGAUUUUUUUUCCUAGUUUGUUGCUCAAUUGGAAGCACUUCAGACUGUGUUUUUUGCCUUCUUCUGAAUCAACAGCAAAAAUCUAAUGUGAGAAAGGCUGAACUUGAUGGACACAUGUCUCUCUUCAGCUAUGUAACUAUAUAACUUGUCUAGAGUAGGCAUAAUAUUUUGGCCUAAAUGUAUCCAACUUACACCUUUAAUAAAUUGAGGGGUUAGUGUGGUUUUAAAAAUAAAUGCCCUUAAAUUUAGCAGCUAUAUAAAGUUUGCUCUGACCCUUAUUGACAUACAGAAGGAAAAACCAUGACAAAGAGAGUAAAUGGAAUACAAGGAACACUCAGGGGGCCAUAACCACUACAAUGCACUGUAGUAGUUAUGGUGCCAGGUGUGCUCUGGUUCCCACCAAUGUAAGUAAGCAAACCAUGUCCUCAAUUUAAUAUUGCUGGAUAAGCUAUCCAAAUCAUUUAAUAUUGCUGGAUAAACUUAAAAUUAUAUUUUUCAACAUACUAAAAUAUCAAAAAAUAUAUUGUUCAUAAAUUAAUAUAUCAGUAUAUAAAAUAAUACCAAAAUAUUACAAAUUAUGGUAUUUUUCAUAACAUUACAUCUUUUCAAAAGUUUAUCCAAAAAUAUUAAAUCAUUUGAAAAGUUUAUCUAACAAUAAUAAAACGAGGUGUAUUGCCAUGAUUUAUUCAAUUAUUCAAUACUGCUAGAUUAACUUUUCAGAAUUUUUUUUCUAGAACGAAAAUCACCUUUAAAGUCUAUGGUUUGCAGUAAAAUCAUUUGAAAUUAUUUGUAAAGCACAUUAAAUUUAGGUCCAUUUUAAAAAAACAAAUUGACUUCUUAGCUGGGCCUUGGCUUCUGGCUCUCUGACUGUUGUAGUGGAGACAUGGGGCGGUGUCCACUGGGCCCAAAAUAAGAAGGUGAAAUGUUCUAAAACAGUUAAAAUACUUACAGACCUCUCCAGUCACCAUAACCACUAUAUUGUGCGUUAGUGGUUAUGUUGCUUUGGGCAUUCCUUUAAUUAUACCACAAAUAUAACAAAGUACUUGAAAGCUCAUCACAAUUGUAAGUGACCACACCUAAUGUUGGCCUCAAUUUAAUAAGCUUUUAAAAUGAUUCAAUAAUGUUAGAAAAGUUUUAAAGUGCUUUAUCUACCAAAGUCACCAUUAACAUCUAUGCUGAUUUUGUCAAUAUGGCCAUUUUAAUUUUUUCCCAACAUUAUUAAAUAGUUUGGUAAGCUUAUUAAAUCAAGGCCUUUGUGUAAUGUGUAAGUAUUAAUAUGUAAGCAUUGUCUAUAACUUGCUAGCAACCAGUUUGUCUGCCAACUUCGACCUUGAAUUAAUGUGGUUGGAUAAGCUUUUUAUAUGAUUUAACAUUUUUAGAUAACAUUUUUAAAAUUAAAUACUAUAAAACAAUAAAAUUUUUGUAAUAGUUAGAUAUUUUCGAUAUAUUUACAUAUUUGUAUAUAUUAUAUAUGUUUUUAUAAUUUGUUGAAAAAAAUAUUUUAACCCCUUAGUGACCAGACCGCUUUUCAAUUUUCUUACUGUUUGGGACCAGGGCUGUUUUUACAUUUCUGCUGUGUUUGUGUUUAGCUGUAAUUUUCCUCUUUCUAAAGAUACCAUUAUUUUCAUCAUAUGAUAUAAUUUACUAUAAAAAUAAUUAUAAAAUAUGAUAAACAUUUUUUAAAAACACACUUUUUCUCACUUUGACCCCCAAAAUCUGUUACGCACCUACAAAAGCCAAAAAACACCCAUGCUAAGUAGUUUAUAUUUUGUAUUGAGUUUAGAAAUACCAAAUUUUAACAUAUUUUUAGCUUUUUUUGGAAAGUUAUAGGGAUAUACAUACAAGUAGGACAUUGCUGUUUCAAAAUAUAUAUAUUUUAAAUGCAUCAAUAGUGACAUUGCAACACAGUCAUCUGUCAUAAAUCUCUGAAUCACACCUAACAUGUACAUAUUUUUUAAAAGUAGACAACCCAGGGUAUACAAUAUGGGGUAUGUCCAGUUUUUUUUUAGUAGUCACUUAGCCACAAGCACUGGCCAAAGUUAGCAUUUAGAUUUGUUUGUGUGUUAAAAAUGCAAAAAAACUAUUAUGAACACUAACUUUGGCCAGUGUUUGUGACUAAUUGGCUACUAAAAAAGACUGAACAUACCCCAUUUGCAAUACCUUGGGUUCUCUUCUUUUGCAAAUGGUAUGCAAAUGUCUAAGUCUCAUUCCUGGGCUACCAUAUGCUUUCAAAGGCAACAUAACCAAACUGGCAAAUUGCAAUGUGAAAAAAUCUGAAAAAGCCUUAUAUUUGACCCUGUAACUUCCACAAACACUAUAAAACCUGUACAUGGGGGGUACUGUUAUACUCAGAAGACUUUGCUGAACACAAAUAUUAGUGUUUUAAAACAGUAAAACGUAUCACAACAAUGAUAUCUUCAGUGAAAGUGCUAUUUGUGUGUGAAAAAUGCAAAAAACAUAACUUCCACUGACAAUAUUAUCGCUGUGAUAUGUUUUACUGUUUUGACGGGGGGAGCGAUCACCCGGUAGCCGGCAGUGAGGGGGGUAUUGCAGGAUGCCUCGACAUCAAGGCAUCACUCCAAUACCCUUAAAGAGGCUGGAAGCAAUCAUGAUUGCUUCCGGCACUCAAAUGUGCCGCGGACGUACAGGGUACGUCAGCAGUUGUUAACGACCGUUUUUUGUCUGAUGUACCCUGUACGUCUGCAGUCACUAAGGGGUUAAAAAUGUGUCCAAAAAUAUUAAACAAUUUGGAAAGAUUAUCUGACAAUAUUAAAUUGAGGCCUUUGUUGCAUUUGCUGACUCACAUUUAAAGGGACACUAUAGUCACCAGAACAACUACAGCUUAUUGCAUUUGUUCUGGUGAGUAGACUCAUUCCCUUCAUGCUUUUUUCUGUAAGCACUUUCUUUUCAGAGAAAAUGCAAUGUUUACAUUACAGCCUAGUGAUAACAUCACUGGCCACUCAGAUGGCUUCUAGAGGUGCUUACUUAAGCAGUCUUGCCUAGUAUGCAUCACAACAUAUAGGUGUCUCCACCCUCUGCAUCCAGACACUGACUUUUCCUCAUAGAGAUUCAUUGAUUCAAUUCAUCUCUAUGAGGAGAUGCUGAUUGGCCAGGGCUGUGUUUGGCUUGUGUUGGCUCUGCCCCUGAUCUACCAUCUUCGCAGUCUCAGCCAAUCCUAUGGGGAAGCAUUGUGAUUGGCUCAGAACAAUACUUCUGAUGAUGUCAGCAGACAGCUUGCAGGUCUGAGGCAGACAGGGGCAGAGCCAGCAGGUUUAGGCUUGAAGACAAGUAAGAUUGUACUAUAUUUAGGGAGUCAAGAGAGGGCCAGGGGGGGCUAGAUGGUGGUUUUAACCCUUUAGUCAGAAAUAUAUGUUUGUGUUCCUGACCCUAUAGUGCUCCUUUAAGUCAUAUUUGGCAUUUUGGCUAUUUUAAAGAUCCUUUAAUCAAAGUUCCUAAAUGAGACACUUCUUCAUCUACUUUGCUUUUCCAAGAAAUGUUUUAUCAACAUUUCUUACAUUUAAGUCCCUCUUUAAAUCUACACUCGCUAUCCCUUUAUGUCUAUCUUAUGUCUAACUUUAUGUCUAACUUUUAACCACGUUUAAAAUCCUCUCUAAACACCUGACCACUUUGCUUCUUGCUUAUGUAAUUCUGUCUCACAAUUGACAUUUUUUAAUAUCUAAACAUUUUUCUUUUAUAUCCUAGUCUGCUAUUUUGAAGCUGGAGUGGUUAAAUCUGGAAACAAAAUAUAUGUAAGUAACAGGAAAGAGGGCGAUUUUGCCACAGCUAAAGCUUCUUGUGAACAACUACAAGGAACACUGCCGUCUCCACAAAACAGCAAUGAAAAUUCUGCCAUCUUCCAGAUUGCAAAGUCUUUCAACAAAAGAGUGUUUCUUGGCAUAACUGACAUUAAAGUUGAGAAUAAUUUUGUUUAUCUAAAUGGGAACAAAAUUGGGUACAAAAAUUGGUUCUCAAAGCAACCUGAUGGUGGAAAAAACGAAAAUUGUGCAGAAAUGAUAGCAGAGAGUGGACUGUGGAAUGACCGUGCUUGUAAUGCCAAGAACAUAAUUGUAUGUGAAUUUAAUUCCUGA